AUGAAAAGUUCAACAAAGACUCCAACAUUUGUAAAUAAGGAUGGAUCUGCACCUACCAAUCCAAAAUGUGCAGGAUGUGGGGAGUAUUGUGAAGGUGCUACCUAUGAAGCAUUCGGACACUCCUACCAUCCAAGUUGUUUUCUCUGUGCUGGUUGUCGUCGUCCAUUUCCAUCCGGUAAAUAUUUAAAUAUCAAUAGAAAACCAUAUUGUGAUGGAUGUGGAAAAGCAGCAUUUAUAAAAUCACAAUUGGGUGGAAAUACACCCGCUUUUUCAAAUAAUGGUGGUGGUAAUAAACAACAACAACAACAACAGAAAUCACCAACUAGUAAACCAAAAUCUCAUGUUACUUCACCUACAUCGGUUGGACAACAGCAUCCACCGAAGGAAGAGAAACACUACUCAAAGACAUCGAGUGAACAAGAGAAGAUCAUAAAAGAACAAUUGGAUCAAGUUUCCAAGAGAUAUUCAUCGUCGUUUCAAAUCGAUGAAGCAUCACUCGAGCAGUAUGGCAAUGGUAAUGGUAAUGGUGGUGAUAAUAAUCUAUCUAGAAGAUCUUCAACUAGUUUCAAUUCACCACCAACCUAUUCUCAGACAUCUUCAUCAUCGACAUCGUCAUCUCCAACUACCAAUAGUGUCAAUAGACUUUCAAAGAGAUUUGAAUCGUCACCAUUAAACACUACUACAACCAUUGAACAACAAUCAAACAAAGAGUUUGUAAGAAAUACUUCAAGAUUUGAUAAAGAUCGUUUUGAAUUCUUGAAUAAUUCUAGUAGUAGUACAAACUCUACUUCUUCCUCUUCUUCAUCAUCAUCAUCAUCUUUAUCAAGCAGUAGAGAUAGAGAAAGAGAAAGAGAAACAAAGAGAAAUAGUAUUGCUUUGACUAUAAAGAGAGAGAUUGAAGAGAGAGAACAAAGAGAGAAGGAAGAGAAGGAGAGAAGAGAGAUAGAGCGGGAAUUGGAUAGACAAAAGCAUGUUGGUAAAUUUGAGAAAGAUCGUUUUGGAUUCUUGAAUCAAGCCGCUGGUGGAAGUACAACAUCUGGUGGUAGUAGUAUCAGUGGAAGUAGCAAUUCAUCAUCACCACAAAUAUCACCAUCUACAUCGAUUAGUGAUUUUAGAUCUGCACAAGAGAUGAACAAUAGUCAUAAUAGUACUUAUAGUGGUGGUAGUACUGGUAAGAGAUUGAGUACUGCAUUCCUCACACAGAGAAGAGAGGAAGAAGAAAAGGAAAGAGAAAGAGAGAGAAGAGAUAGAGAUAGACAAAGUGGAAGAUUCACUCAAGAUCGUUUAGAUUUCUUAAAGGGAAAUAGUAGUUCAUCAACAUCAAUGUCAAACAUUACUGAUAAUAAUGUUGUUGUUGGUGGUAGUGGUGGUAGUUCUGUUAAUAAGAGAAAUAGUAUUGCUUUAACAAUGAAGAGAGAAAUAGAGGAAAGAGAACAAAGAGAAAGAGAAGAGAAGGAAAGAAGAGAUAGAGAAAGAUUUGAAAUGAUUGAGCGAGAAAGAGAGGAAAGAAGAGAAAAGGAAAGGGAAAGAGAAAGAUAUGAAAGAGAAAGAGAAGCACAACAAAGAUUAGAGUUUGAAAGAGAACGAGAAAGAGAACUAGAAAGAGAGAGAGAAAGAGAUGAGAAAGAAAGAAAGAGAGAAUCGUUGAGAUUGGAAAAUGAGAGAUUGGAGCGGGAAAGAGUUGAUAGAGAAAAGGUUAAAUUUGAACGGGAGAGAAUCGAGCGAGUGGAACGAGAGAUGGAGCUGAGAGAGCGAAUGGAAGCGGAGCGUUUGGAGAAAGAGAGAGAGGAUCGUGAGCGUUUGGAGAGAGAGCGUGAAGGGAUCGAGAAAGAACGUGAGCGACUCGAGCUUGAGAGAUACGAGAAGGAGCGAGAGUUGGUGAGAAAAGAGAGUGAGCGACUCGCCAAGGAGAGAGAGAUAGAGGUGAAGCAACAAAAGAUAAAGGAGCGUGAGGAGUUGCUGGCGAGGAAAGAACGUGAAACGAAAGAGCGAGAACAGCAACUGGAGAAUGAGCGUUUGGAGAGGGAGCGUGAGAAGCAGGAGUUGGAAAACGAGCGAGAACGUGAGCGUGAGAGAAGACAAAGCGAGCGAGAAGAACGUGAGCGUGAGCGAGAGGAGCAGCUACAAAGAGAGCGGGAGAGCGAGCGUCUGGAAAGAGAGAGAAAGGAGCAAGAGAGAAAACAACAGGAGAUCGAUGAGUACAAUCGUCUACAAGAUGAGAUCAGACAGAGAAAAGAAGAGCGACAGAAACGAUUGGAACAACAGCUGCAAGAGGAAGAGAAAGAACGUGAGAAACGCGCCGAGGAACGUAGACUGCGAAAAGAGCAACGCGAACGUGAACUCCAAGAGGAAGAAGAGAAACUUGCACUGGAGAGAGAACGUCGUCGACAAGCCAAAGAAGAAAGAGAGGCCAAACAUCGCCAGGAACUAGAAGAUUACGAAAGAGAAAGAGAAGAGUUAAGAAGAAAAAGAGAAAGUAACAGUAGUAGUUAUAAUAAUAGCUAUAGAGGAUCAUCUACAACACCACCUAUCUUCAAAGUUGAAGAUGUCAGUUCACCUAUUCUAUUGGCUAAUCUCGGUAUUAGACAUAGCUAUAGUAAUACGAAUAUCAGUAGUAGUGGAAUAAGCAGUGGAAGUGGUAACAGUAGUAUUAGUUCUCCUGGUGGAGACGGUCAUCUUUCACCGAGAAGCGGUGAGAGAAUUAACAUUAGUAUCAACGAUGGCAGUAGUAGUAUUAGUGGUAGCAAUCAGUUAAGAGUUGAUAAUCUACCGGCUUCGGCGGUGUCGUCACCUCACUACAGUAAGAUACAGAAUGUCGUUAGCGAGGAGACGCUGAUGGAAGAGUUUAGAAAGAAACGAGAGGAACGCGAUGAGAAGCGUGCUCUUGAGAAUGCAAAACUAGACGAACAACGUCGUCAGCGUGAAGAGGAGCGAGAACGUCAAAGACAAGACCGAAAACGUGCCGAAGAGGAUGAGGAACGACAAGAGGAAGAAGCAAGACGCAAACGUCAAGAGGAAAGACAAAGAAAACGUGAGGAAAUGCAAAGAGAACUCGAACUUGAAGAACUCAAAAUCAAGAAACAAAGAGAAGAAAGAUUACUCAGACUUCAACAUAAUAAUAACAAUUCAUUAAAAAUAUUGUUGAGUAACAACAAUAAAGGUGCAUCGAACGAGCCACCCGGUUAUCAUAUCUUUGAGAAAUUGAUUGAAUCUUUCAUAACAUUGAUAAAUAUGUCUGUCCCUGUAUUCUUUGAUCUCUCGGGUUCGUUACUAUUCGCUAGAUUUUUGUAUGUUAUUGUAUAUAAAUACAACAAUAUAUAUAAUCUAACUCUAAAAUUCAAAACUUUGUCCGUGUUUAAUCAACGAAUCUCAUCAGGUGUUCUUCCAAAUACAUUGGAGAAACUAAUAUAUGGUGAAUUUUCAAAAUUCAAUCAACCACUCGAACCUCAUGUUUUACCAUCAUCUUUAACCCAUUUGUAUUUGGGAUAUAAUUAUAAUCAAACACUUCAAGUUGGGUCACUUCCUCCAAAUCUUAGAGUUCUUAUUCAUACUAUUUGUAAGAUAUCAGAUGGAAUACUCAAAGAUCGGUCACAAUAUCAUUUCGAAAGACUACCUGUCGAUGGAAUCAAACAAGAAUCACUUGACAACUAUAUUUAA